AAUUCUGAGCUUGUCAGCGAAAAGUGAGCAGGCUUGCUCUUGCAGUCUCCUUCGAUGGAGGGAAUGGAUUUUCUAUGGCUUCUCUUGGUGACUGGUGCUAACUUGUGGGGCAUAUCUGUAGUCCUCUUCCUGCUAUGGGCAGCCCAUUACCACUGGUCCCAUAUAGAACUCCCUCAUGGGAUUUGUCACCCUCGAAAGUUGAGCUUCUUGCAUUUCCUUUUGGUGGUGAGCUUUGGAAUGAACCACAUCUUACGGAAAGUAGGUCUCUGCAAACAGUUUACAAUUUUGAGAUUGAUGAUGGAUGCAAGUGCAAAACCUGUGUUUAGAGAUCCAAAGCUCACCAUCGAGAAUGUGUACAUCAAAGGUAUACUAGUAAGGAUAUACCAGCAGAAAGCACCACAGAUUGUACGAAGGGGAGUCGUCCACAUACAUGGAGGUGCUGGUGUGGUGGGAAGCAUUGCGGCCUAUGAAAAGGUGUGCAGGCAUCUUGCGAAGGAAACGGAUUCAGUGGUUUUUGCUAUUGAGUACGGUCUGGUCCCCGAGAAUCCUUAUCCAUUGCAUUUUCAACAGUGUCUCGAUGUGACCAUACAUUUAUUGGAGCAUGCAGGAGACUAUGGGGCAGAUCCUGCUCGCAUAAUCCUUUGUGGGGACAGCUUUGGAGGCUUAAUCACUACAGUCACUUGUCAGGCACUGGUACAAAGAAAAGACAUACCAAAACCACGCGCUCAGAUUUUGCUCUACACUCCCGUUCAAUUUGUGAAGUUUAGCUUGCCUUCUUAUAGGCAAAACUGCUUUAUCCCUCUCUUGCUCAGGAGGCAGUUUGUAACUUUUGGAGCACAGUAUUUCAACAGAGAUGUCUUAAUAGCUGACGUGUUGCUAGAAGGUUCCUAUGUGACUGAAGACAUGAAAACAAAGUAUAAAAAAUGGCUAAGUGCUGAUAAUAUACCCAAAGAAUUCCGAAAAAGAGAAAGUAAAGUACCUGUUCCUGCACCCCGUUUUGCGGAUAUUCACAACAUUAUACGUAUAUUAUUGGACACAAAAUUUUCCCCUCUUUUUGCUGAUGAUGACGUCAUUCGGCAGCUGCCAGAGACUUUCAUUUUAACCUGCGAGUAUGACAUUCUGAGAGACGAUGGGAUUUUGUACAAAAGAAGGUUGGAGGAGAACGGCGUCCGUGUGACCUGGCACCACCUGGUGGACGGAUUUCAUGCUGCACUUUUUUUCAUUGAUAAUUGGUUUUUCAGUUUCCCCUGUACCAAAAUAGGAAUGGACCAUGUCGUUAAUUUCAUUAGAGGUUUAUAAACCUGUAAUAUGGGAGGCAGGCCAAGGGAUAGGAUUAUAUCCUGUCAUUCCAUUCAGAUAAAUGUGGAGAGAGCUUUCCUGUGGAGAAGGAAGCUAAUCCUCUAAAGGAAACUUUCUUGGGACAGCUUGGCACCAGACAGAGAAAGUUGGUAGGAUUCAACCCAGGAAAUGCUGUAACUUUCAGAAGAAUUGUGCAUCUAUAAGAAAGCACUAUUUACAGAAAAUAAGACUGUGUUGCUCUUUAUUUAUUUACUUAUUUAAGGUAAAGGUAGUCCCCUGUGCAAGCACUGAGUUGUUACUAACCCAUGGAGGGACGUCGCAUCAUGACGUUUUCUUGGCAGACUUUUUGUUAU